GACAUUAAUCUGCCCCCUUUAGCUAAUGAGUUCUUAGAAGAGUUUAGUAGAAUACUAGUAUUAAUACUUAUAGACUUGUUCUUUAGGUAUAAUCAGUUAGAAUUAGCUGAGGAAUUGCGGGACUUAACAGCUUUCUAUAUACUAGGGAUCAGUUUAGUUUAUUAA